UUGAUUGAUCCAUCUCAAACAUCAACGACGCCAUGGCCGGAGAUAUCGCGGCACCACCACCGAAGAACAAUGGAAACACCAUCGAUCCCAAUUCUCCAUAUUAUCUUCAUUGCUCUGAUUAUCCAAGGCAGAUGCAGGUAAACGAUGUUCUCUUUGACAGCAACUAUGGAGAUUGGGUUCAAGAGAUGAAGAAUUUUUUGUUCGCAAAGAACAAAAUCGGUUUUGUUAAUGGUUCAAUUAAAAGGCCAGAAGAGGAAUCGGCACAAUAUAUGUUAUGGAUGAGAUGUGAUGCUAUGAUAAAGGGAUGGUUGACUACAGCCAUGGAGAAGGAUAUCAGAUCAAGCAUCAAACACGCCAACACCGCUGCGGAGAUAUGGGCCGAUCUUGAAGAAAGAUUUGGCAAGGAAAGUGCUCCUCGAGCAUAUGAACUAAAACAGACCUUGACCACCACGGCUCUGAACGGUGCAUCUGUUUCAGUCUAUUACACCAAGAUGCGAGGGCUGUGGGACGCAAUACAAACUGUGUCACCAACACCUUAUUGCACUUGCGGAAGGUGUACAUGUGAUGCUGGAAAAAGACUGAACGAAGCAAAAGAAAAGGAGAGGCUCUACGAGUUGUUGAUGGGACUUGAUAAUGAGUUUGCAACGAUUAAGACUCAGAUUCUUGCCUCGAAACCAACUCCUACGCUUGGCACUGCUUAUCAUCUAGUCGCUAAAGAUGAACAACAAAGAGCUAUAGCGGCCACAAGAAGACCCAUACAUGAGGCUGCUGCCUUUCAAAGCUUUGAUCAGAACAGAAGGGAAGGAACCAAUGACUCAACACCACAGCGUAAUAAAGGCGGUACAAAGGAGGCAAGACGCAACGGCAAUGAUGAAGUUGAAAAUUGUACCUUCUGUGGUAGAACGAGACAUAAUAAAGAUGGUUGCUUCAAGCGAAUUGGCUAUCCCGAGUGGUGGCCUGGAAAAGGAAAGAAAGAAAAAGGUUACCUAAAGCUGUGUUUGUCAACACUGAAACCACAAAAGUACCCAUCAUGACAAACAAACAAUAUCAGGAGCUACUCAAGCACUUCAAGAACACUAACAAAGGAGGUGUAGGACCUGUCGGUAACAUGGCCGGGUUACUCGAGAAGAACUUGAUUGGCAUAGGUAAGUGCAAGGGUGGUCUCUAUUGAAUCGAUUCGGUGGCAGAAAAGAAAAUGGCAAUGAUGGCUGCACCAGAUAUUGAAGUUUGGCACAAAAGACUUGGUCACACUUCAGACUCCAAGUUACGUUAUUUUGAGUUUUUAGAAAAUCUUGUUCCUAGGUCAAAUAAUAGUGUUUGCGAUUCGUGUGUAAAGGCAAAACAUUCCAGACUUCUUUUUCCUAAAAGUUCUAUUAAAACGAUUGAAUGUUUUAAUUUACUUCAUUGUGAUAUCUGGGGAAAUUAUCGAACUCCUUCGC